AUGGGACGAGCUGGAACUCAGUACGCUGGAACAAACCCUCAACUGCGGGUUAUCGAAGCCAAGCGUCAACGAUCGCGGCGCGAUUCGAACCAAAAACCUACUACUCCGUAUCGCCGUCCGCUCGCAGUAGUACUGUAUCAUCACGCUACUCAAAAUGGUGGUAAUGAUGCCGCUAGAACUGCAGCUCAAGUAGCCAGCCUCGGUCCCUCGGUAAGCGCCAGAGCUUCUCGAUUCGAUACUUCCGUACGCGAUGGCGGAAGCAAGUACCGUAAUGAGGCUCGGGAACUACUCAAUAAAUGGACGAGUCGCGAACGGAACAAUGGUGAGUUAUCCAUAUUCAUAUCUACGUCAUUCAAGAUGCUGCAGAAACUACGGUAA